CUAGUAUUUAGUGAACGCCAUUGUUUCGUCUGCUAAAGUCACCAAUUUUACCCGAUUUACAAGCAUGAGUCUAGCCGGAAAGGUUGCCCUAAUCACAGGAGGAGCACAGGGAAUUGGUAGAGCCAUGUGUGAAGCCCUACUUCGCAAAGGAGCAAGAGUGUGUAUAGCGGAUCAAAAUGAGUUGUUGGGAAGGAAAUGCCUUGAAGAGCUGAAGCAAAAACAUGGUGCUGAAACUAUCAUGUUUGCCCAGUGUGAUGUGAGGAAGACUGAAGACUUAGAAGCUGCCUUCAAGAAAACAAAGUCAACCUUUGGACGACUUGAUAUUCUUGCCAACAAUGCCGGAGUUGGACUGCAUCCGGAUUCUAACCUGGUGGUCGACGUCAAUUUGAAAGCUGUCAUAAAUGGUACGGAGCUUGGUCUCAAACAUAUGGGGAAAGACACGGGUGGUGAUGGAGGUGUUAUCAUCAACACAGCAUCCAUGUCUGCAUUCCUCAUUCUACCCCACUCACCAGCGUAUUCUGCGACAAAAGCUGGUGUAAUGAUGUUUUCAAGAUCUCAUGGGGUUCCCCAGCAUUUUGAAAAGCACGGCGUCCGCGUGAACUGUAUCUGUCCGUCCUUCACUCCUACUGCCAUGUUGGAUGAGCUCUUGAAAAACACAGAAAUCGAGAAAUUUAUCAGGAUGGUUGGCAUUGUUGAUAUUGGUCUGGUUAUUGAUGGUUUUAUGCAGUUGGUCGAAGAUACAAGUAAAAAUGGAGCAUGCAUGCGAGUUACGUCUCAGAAAGGCAUCGACUACAAGAUCUUUGCUGAAGACAGGGCAAAGGAGGCAAUCAAGAACUCAAAGUUAUAGUGUCGUAAAAAAUAAAUGAUUUUAUUUUUGUUGACCCUGUUAUAUAACUGUGAUAAUGAAAUCUGUUGUCAUUUAUGUACAUUUUGAUACUUUGCAUAGGUUUGCUGAUGCAUGUGAUGUAUAAAAUUUAGUUGUAGCCCAAUUAUCAACUGUUUUGAUUUAUUUCUUGACAAAGCGGUGAAUAAAUGAAAGUUUCGAUUCUCACUCAAACAUUAAAAUUAUUUUAUUCGUACGCGAUAUUGUUGUUGUCCCCCGGAGCUUGUGUAGGGGGACAUGGUAUUAGUACAUGGCACCAACUUUGUGCUCGUUUCAACGCUACAGCUUCUAAACGACUCAAGCAAUUUAAUCGAUAUUUUGGUGAAAGGAGUGAAGGACAUCUGAAGAUGUGUCCCACUAAAAAUCAAAAUUAAAAAACUGCAGUCCCAAAACUGACUGAGUGAUGAAAACAUUUCUAAUUACAAAAAACUUUUCACUUUUUUUUUGCUCAAAAUGAACCAACAUCACCAAAAACUGCAGUCCCAAAUCUUUUUUAAUUUUGAAAAUUUUUCAACUUCAUCGUCGUCGUCGUUGUCGUUUUUUUCACUUUUUUGAUGAUGAAAAGGUACACGAUAUAUGAGUGAUGAGGGGGCGCUUCCUGAAAAUCAUGAAAAUUCCCUUCCGCUCUGUAACUUCUGAACGACAUAAUAUUCUGGAUUGAAAUUCGUGUGCUGAUAGAGGGCGGGACAAUGGUAUGUCGCGUCGAAAAAUCAGCCGAGUGUUGCUUGUUGGAUCGGUGUAUGUGCUUGUAGCACUCGGCGCAUUUUAUCAAGUAAAUGAAAGGGGUGACGUGUGAUUACAUAAUAAGCCGCUGAACAACUGUAGAAGUAGUCAAUGUGAUUAGUAUGCAUGAGAAAAAUCGCCUGCGAAAAAGCAUUUUGUUUGAUGGUUGAACUUGGACCAUGUAACUUGAUAUCAAUGUAAAAGGCUAACUAGUAAUUUGUAGCUUUAUUUUCUUAGAUUUGGAAAUGAAUUCUUCGGAUAUGUAUUACUGCAGUUUCAUGAUUUUCGAUAUGAGGUUGUA